GCGAUCAAAGUUGGAAGCCCUAAUCCUGAUUAAAAUCUUCUUAACGUGCGCAAAUUGUGGAGAAAAUCGUGGGAAUUCUCCAUUUUGACACUGGGAUUCUGCUUUAAUAUCGACACCUGCGAUAGCUGAUUCAUCUUGCAACAAUGACUGAGUAUUGGGUUAGUCAGGGAAAAAAAUGGUGCGACUUAUGCAAAAUCUUCAUAUCCAAUAAUCCUUCCAGUAUCAAGAAUCAUGAGCUUGGCCAACGUCACAAAGAUAAUGUUACCAAGAGGCUGGCUAACAUGAGAGAAGAGAAAGUUGCCAAAGAUAAAGAGAAAAAGGAAACGGCCCGUGUUCUCACCCAAAUCGAAGAGAAAGCGAGUCGUAGCUAUCAAAAGGACAUAUCAACUUUUCAGAGGGGCAGGGAUUCUAAUGAUAACUCAUUAGGUGCUCAAACAAGCAGUGAAGCGAUAGGUAGUGGCUCUACAACAUCUGGAGAAUGGGAGCAUGAUGCCUCAUCGGGUUAUCAGUAUAAUCGAAGUAACGGCUGUUACUAUGAUCCAAACUCUGGCUUCUACUAUACCGAUGCUUUAGGUAAGUGGGUGCCAAAAGAAGAGGCUCUUGCUGCUGCAGCUAAACUCUCUUCUGGACCCAUACAAAAGAAACCCAGUUUUACUACCAUGUCAUCGACUUUAAAAAGUCACACCGACUCUAAAACUCAAACGCGACCUGUAAACCCCACACGAUCGGUUAACAGGCCAUCGUCUCUUGCUAUAAACAAGAGAAAACGACCUGAUGCUAAGUCAAAGGUUGUAUCUGAGGAGGAAGCCGCUGCACUCAAGGCAAGAGAGGCUGCAAGGAAGAGAGUCGAAGAGAGAGAGAAAUCCUCGCUCGGUCUUUAUAAGCAUUGAUAUGUCGACCACACACUUGAUAGCACAAAUCUACGGUAGAGAAAACGAAACGGAAAUCCGUGGGCCGAUGGAAAUGAGAGGUUUCGCGAACAAUGUAAGGGUCGAUCCGACUCCUGAUAUCUUGAAAAUACGAGACUCGCAAAAUCGAUAUGUUUUAUUGGUUCAUAUCUUGUUUUUAUUCAUCCUAUCAACAUGACCCAUAAAAUGGAGAAUCUUGUAUGUGCAUUCACAUUACACCCU